AUGACUUCUCACAGCUCAAAGUCUGGCAGAGGGGUAGGUGUGCACACGGCUGUGAUGUCAAACCGAGUGGAGGAAGUCUAUGAAACCCCAGGAUGCUAUGAACUGGAGAAGCACCUCACCCACGGCAGUGUGGCAUACACACACGUCAACGAGGUCUGGCCAAGCGUGUAUAUAGGAGACGAGGAGACAGCAAGGGAUCGGUACAGUUUGAAGAAGAUGGGCGUGACACACGUCCUCAACGCAGCAGAAGGCGAGCGAAACAGCGUGGACACGGGAGCAGAAUAUUACAGUGGCAUGGACAUAGAAUAUUAUGGGAUUGUUGCCGAAGACAUUCCUACUUUCAACCUUAGCCAGUUCUUCUUUCCUGCAGCAGAGUUCAUUGACAGUGUCCUGAGCAAUACAGACAAUAAGCUGCUAGUGCACUGUGUCAUGGGCAGAAGUCGCUCAGCCACCAUCUUCCUGGCUUAUCUUAUGAUCUGCAAGAACAUGACAGUCCUCGAUGCCAUCGAUCAUGUCAAACGACGCAGACGCAUUAUUCCGAACUGGGGCUUCCUAAAACAGCUCCGUGAGCUGGACAUGUACCUUCUGGAGCAAAGGACAGGUGCGUCCGGGUCUAAAUCUGAGAACACAAAUGAAGAGCACAGCACAGAAGCUGACAAAGCGUAA